GUCUAGGGAAGCGGUAAUUCUUCCCCAUUCCUCGUAGUUCAUUUCAACAAUGGCGGCAGCAUCGUCUUCAACGGGUGCCUCGAACCCCUCAAAUCCCGUUGUUUUCUUCGAUAUAUCCAUAGGGGGACAGGAGGUUGGAAGACUGAAAAUGGAGCUGUUUGCAGAUGUCGUACCGAAAACAGCAGAAAAUAUGAGACAACUGUGCACAGGAGAAUUCAGAAAAGAUGGAAUACCUCAAGGAUUCAAAGGGGCCUUCUUUCACAGGGUUAUAAAAGACUUCAUGAUUCAAGGUGGCGACUUUGUCAAAGGUGACGGUACAGGGGUUUUUAGUAUUUAUGGAGAGGUUGCAUUCCCUGAUGAAAAUUUCAAGUUAAAACAUGAUGCACCAGGUCUUCUAUCUAUGGCAAACAGUGGUCCAAACACAAAUGGAUGUCAGUUCUUUAUCACCUGUGCCAAGUGUGAUUUUCUUGAUGGGAAGCAUGUUGUAUUUGGUAAAGUUGUUGAUGGACUGUUAGUGAUGAGAAAAAUAGAGAAUGUUCCUACGGGACCCAACAACAGACCUAAAUUACCUGUGGUUAUAUCACAGUGCGGAGAAAUGUAGAGUUGAAUGUAUCUUUUUUAUA